CGCCGCACUCCCCUGCUCGCCGCAGUGGUUUGGCCACAGCGACCGUCUCCGGCGGUGCGUCCCCCACGCUUGGUACAGCCCAGCCUGUCUCCCCCUAAGCCGCGCGCCCGCGCCUCUCAGUCGGUGGAGCCCCCAGCUCGCUCGGCCUGCACCAGCCAUGGUCCGUCCGCGCCGUGCCCCACACCGCUCCGGCGCUGGGGGCCCCCUCGGGGGUCGCGGCCGCCCCCUGCGGCACCUCACGGUGCGCGCCGCCCGCUCGCGCUCCUGGCCGGCCAGCCCCCGGGGCCCGCAGCCGCCGCGGAUCCGGGCUCGCUCGGCCCCUCCCAUGCAAGGUGCUCGGGUCUUCGGGGCCCUGGGUCCCAUCGGGCCCUCCUCGCCCGGGCUCGCCCUCGGGGGCCUGGCCGUGGGUGAGCACCGGCUCAGCAACAAGCUGCUGGCCUGGAGCGGCGUCCUCGAGUGGCAGGAGAAGCGCAGGCCCUACUCGGACUCCACGGCGAAGCUGAAGCGGGCCCUCCCCUGCCAGGCCUACGUGAACCAGGGCGAGAACCUGGAGACCGACCAGUGGCCACAGAAGCUGAUCAUGCAGCUGAUCCCGCAGCAGCUGCUGACCACCCUGGGCCCCCUGUUCCGCAACUCCCAGCUGGCGCAGUUCCACUUCACCAACAGAGACUGCGACUCUCUCAAGGGCCUCUGCCGCGUCAUGGGCAACGGCUUUGCGGGCUGCAUGCUCUUCCCCCACAUCUCCCCCUGCGAGGUGCGCGUGCUCAUGCUCCUGUACUCGUCCAAGAAGAAGAUCUUCAUGGGCCUCAUCCCCUACGACCAGAGCGGCUUCGUCAAUGCCAUCCGGCAGGUCAUCACCACCCGCAAACAGGCAGUGGGACCUGGUGGUGUCGCGGGCCCUGUCCAGAUGGUCAACAACAAGUUCCUGGCAUGGAGUGGAGUCAUGGAGUGGCAGGAGGUGAGCCCUGGGCGGGCCUGGGUGACCUCAGGACCAGGGCAUCCUCCCACUCCUGACGGCUCCCCUCUUCUUACCCCCCAAAAGCCCAGGCCUGAGCCUAACAGUCGGUCUAAGAGGUGGCUGCCGUCGCACAUCUACGUGAACCAAGGGGAGAUCCUGAGGACCGAGCAGUGGCCGCGGAAGCUGUACAUGCAGCUCAUCCCACAGCAGCUGCUGACCACCCUGGUGCCGCUCUUCCGGAACUCCCGCCUGGUGCAGUUCCACUUCACCAAGGACCUGGAGACGCUGAAGAGCCUGUGCCGGAUCAUGGACAACGGCUUUGGUGGAAAACCUGAGGCUCCCAAGGCCCUCACCAGGCAGGGCAUCUGCCUGCCUCCAGCCGGAGCGAGCUCUGAAAGCCCCUGGUGCUCACCUGCUGGUGGGCCUUGGCCAGUUCUCCCCUCUCUGCGGGCCUCGGUCUCUCCAUCUGUGAAGCCGGCUGCGUGCACUUUUCCUACAAGGCCUCGUGCGAGAUCCGCGUGCUCAUGCUCCUGUACUCCUCUGAGAAGAAGAUCUUCAUCGGCCUCAUCCCCCACGACCAGAGCAACUUCGUCAACGGCAUCCGGCGCGUCAUCGCCAAUCAGCAGCAGGUCCUGCAGCGGAACCUGGAGCAGGAGCAGCAGCAGCGUGGGAUGGGUGGGUAGGGGCCACCCCGCCGGGCUGGGCCUCUCCAGGAGCCACAGACGAGGCCCCGCCGAGACUGGUCAGAUGCUUCUGAGCAGAGGCCUGUGGGGACUGCAACUGCCCAGUGAGAUGGAGGACAGCGUCCUGAGAUAUCUCCAAGGACAGUCCCCACCCUUGUACGUUUCCCCAAUAAAACCUUUUAAAAGCCCUUUGGCCACUGUGCUCUGUCCAGGCACCCUGGCUCGGGAGAGGCCAGGCCCCUCCCAACAGCAGCUGUCCUCAGACCCGAGUGCCGUCCCCGGGGGCUGAUGGCUGGGCCCACCC